AGUUGAUCCGUGAACUUCUCUCCUUUUUUCGUUAAUUUAAAUUAAAUUUUAAUUUUUUCUAUCUUGUGAUAUACGUGUGACAGGGACAAUUAGAAAAAUGAAUAAAUUUUGUGCGUUUGCCAUAGUGGUGCUCGCCACAGUUGCUCGUGCAGAGCCUCCAAGCAGUCACUACGGUGCUCCAUCCAUUUCCAGCAGCUACAGCGCUCCAUCUAUCUCGAGCAGUUAUUCUGUUCCAUCGAGCUCUUAUGGAGCUCCAAGCUUCGGUGGAUCCAGCUUCGGCGGAUCUAGCUUCGGAGGCAGCUUUGGUGGAGGUCACAGCUUUGGCGGAAGCCAUGGCGGAGAUGGCGGUUAUCAUGAAGUUCAUGAUGGCGGAUAUCAAGGAUCCGAAGGAUUACACAUUGAACCCGAAAUCCUCCAUAAAAUCAAGGAAAUUUUGUUGCACGAAGAAUCUUUGAGCUCCAGCCAUGGAGGUAGUUUCGGCGGAUAUUCCUCAGGAGGAUUCUCAGGUGGUUUCGGACACUCUGCUCCAUCAUCUUCAUAUGGACCCCCACGUCAAACUUAUGGCCCACCAAAAUCCCGUUAUGGAGCUCCCCCCAAGCCACGUUACGGACCUCCCCCACGCCCAGUCUAUGGCGCUCCAUCUGCCAACGUUAUCGGAAUUGAAUUAGGUCACCCCGUUGCUGGACAUCAAGUUAAACAUUUGGCCAAACAUUACACCAUCUCUGCCCCAUCAUCCUCAUAUGGCGUCCCAUCAUUCUCUGCCCCAUCAAGCAGCUAUGGCGCUCCAUCAUUCUCCGCUCCUUCAUCCUCGUACGGAGUCCCACAUCACCGCAAGUAAAUCACAUAGUCGCGUAUUUGUCACCUGUCGUCGGAAUUUUAGUUCUUAAGGACACCUUAUUUAUAAGAUUUAAGUCUCUAGUCUUGUGUGCAACGAAGAUCAUCCACUUGUGCAACACUUUUGUAAUUUAUUUCCGCUUUGUUUGUAAAUCUCUUCAAAGUCUUUCUGAAAAAACAAAAAACAUCUCAUAAGAAAAAAAAACAAAAAUGUUACAAAAAUCAGAAAAUACUACAAAAAAAUCUUCAAAACGAGAA